CACGACAAGAAGAAACUUAAAGAUGUGGAUGGUAUCCAGCAGACGUCACCUUGGGCUUGCGCUCAGGUUUCAAGAAGCUGCACCGUUGACGAAUUGUUGCAAUUGUGCAGAACGGAGCUCAGACUUGGUGAUGGAGAUGCUAGGCUAUGGCUUGUUGGAGAGGAAGGGAAUACGCUGUUAGAUGACGGGAGAAGAACUCUGCAUCAGCUUGCUUUGAAGGGGAAACGAGUAAGCAAGUUUCUGUUGGAAUUGAGAGACGCUAAUGGUGUGUGGCCCGAAGAACUGCGAGCUUCACUAACUGGAACGCAAAUUUCAUCGUUGGCUAGCCGACCAGGAGCAGUUGGACUAGUAAACUCCGGCAAUUUUUGCUAUAGGAAUGCAGCUAUCCAAUGUCUUGCUCGAGUAUCACCUUUGACCGAGUAUCUGCUAAACGAGGAUAGCAUGAAUGCUCUAAAAAGGUGGUCUUUGUGA